AUGGCAAGUAGCACGGGUUUCUUACUUCCCGCCGCCGUGGUCUCUCGCUUCCCUCCCUCUCUCUCCGCGCGGCAUGUUGACUCCCGUCUCCUCGUUCGUUCUCCCCAGGAUUUCAAGGGGUUCUGGGAGUCCAGAUUCGGGGGCAAGAAGGAGCCGGAGCAGAACGGGCACGCCAACGGGGAAGCCAACGGGAGCGUGCGGAAGAGGACCUCCGAUUUGGCGGUCUACGAGCAGUUCGAGCAGCAGGCCAGGCAGACCCAGGUCCGAGCCGCCGCGAUUCGCGACGGAAACGCUGAUGUGAUCCAGAAGCCCCUUCUACCUUCAUUUGAGUCAGCCGAAAUGCGUAAUCUCGCAGAGACAUUGUUGAGGGAUAUUAUUCGCGGCAGCCCAGAUGUGAAAUGGGAGAGCAUCAAAGGACUGGAAAAUGCAAAACGCCUUCUAAAAGAAGCUGUUGUCAUGCCCAUAAAGUACCCAAAAUAUUUCACUGGUCUCCUUUCUCCCUGGAAAGGCAUCUUACUUUUUGGCCCCCCAGGGACAGGAAAGACAAUGCUGGCAAAAGCAGUCGCUACUGAGUGCAAAACCACCUUCUUCAACAUUUCAGCAUCAUCAAUUGUCAGCAAAUGGCGUGGAGAUUCAGAGAAGCUUGUCAAAGUUCUGUUUGAGCUUGCUAGGCAUCAUGCACCAUCCACAAUAUUUCUUGAUGAAAUAGAUGCCAUUAUCAGCCAGCGUGGUGAAGCUCGUAGUGAGCAUGAAGCUAGUCGUCGCUUGAAGACUGAACUACUUAUUCAGAUGGAUGGUUUGACAAAGACAAACGACUUGGUAUUUGUACUUGCAGCUACAAAUCUUCCCUGGGAAUUGGAUGCAGCUAUGCUCCGCCGGCUUGAGAAGCGGAUUCUUGUACCGCUUCCUGAAGCUGAAGCAAGGCAAGCGAUGUUUGAGGAUCUUCUGCCAGCAACUACCUCAAAGUUAGAGGUCCCGUACGACAUACUAGUUGAAAAGACUGAAGGUUACUCUGGUUCCGAUAUCCGUCUUGUGUGCAAAGAAGCUGCCAUGCAACCACUCAGACGUCUCAUGUCAGUUCUUGAAGCCAGUGAUGAGUUGGUUCCAGAGGAAGAACUGCCUGAGGUUGGUCCUCUGAAACCUGGAGAUAUUGAACUUGCAUUAAGGAACACUAGGCCGUCAGCGCAUCUCCAUGCACAUCGAUAUGAGAAAUUCAACCAGGACUAUGGUAGCCAGGUUGAUGUUCCAUUGAAUCAUGGAACUAGAGCGUAG